AUGUAUUUGUGUAGGGGAACCAUUCUGUAUAAAUAUUUUACGUUAACCCUUGUAAUCCUCUUUCUGCAAACAUGCAAUGCUAGGAAGAGGAAACACUACUGCCCCCCUUCUGCUUGUGGCCAUAUCCGUGAGAUAAGCUACCCUUUUCGCUUAAACACUGAUCCAAAAGAUUGCCGUAUUCCAGUAUAUGAAUUAGGUUGUGACGGUAACCAAACAGUAAUAUGGUUAUCCUCCAAGAAGUUGCACGUUCAAGGCAUCGACUAUGAUAAUGAGACAAUUCACAUGGUAGAUCCAACUUUACAAAUACAAGAUGAUCUAUGCUCUUUCAGACCUCAGCUUACCUUCAACCAAUACUAUAGAAACUUUUACACAUAUUAUCAUUAUCAUAACGGAUUACAGCGUCCAAUGCAAGAGCCUAUCUUCAUGUUCAACUGUCCAUUUGCUGUUAAUAAUUCUUCGACAUUUGUGGAAAUUAGUGGCUGCAAAUUAAGCAGAUACACUUAUUUAAGGAUUGGAGAAAUGAGUGCCUCUGAGGUGAGUGAUGGAUGCAGAGCAGAAUUUAUAGGCUUGACCUCAUGGCCUAAUAUUAAAUAUUCCCUUUCUGAUUUUCAUCAAGCAAUCCUCUACGGAUUUGAGCUUCAUUAUUAUCUGCGGAAUUCUUCACUAAGGAUAAGUAAGGACAAUCUUCAAUUAUACAUUUGCUCUGCUCCUUAG